AGGCUGCAGGGGAGGAGCCGAUACACCUGUGGAAGACUGGAGGGGAGGAGCCGAUACACCUGUGCAAGACUGGAGGGGAGGAGCCGAUACACCCUGUGCAAGACUGGAGGGGAGGAGCCGGUACAACCGUGCAAGAGGGGAGGAGCCGGUACAACUGUGCAUGACUGGAAGGGAGGAAGCCGGAACACCUGUGUAAGACGGGAGGGGAGGAGCCGGUACACCUGUGCAAGAUUGGAGGGGAGGAGCCGGUACACCUGUGUAAGAUGGGAGGGGAGGAGCCGGUACACCUGUGCAAGACUGAGGGGAGGCCGGAGGUCAGAUUUAAGGGAAAAUCUCCACCCUAUGCAA